AAAGCUGCAAAAGACAAAGUUUUUUAAAAGGAUCUCGAGCUGGAUUGGACCACGUGGCCUGUCGUACUAAGUCGACCGUUACAAAGCCUUUUAUUGAAGGGCCUCCCCUUCCUUUCCUUCUUUGUCUCUCCUCGUCUCCACCAAUCUCUCUCCCUCCUUCAAUUACUUUCUCUCUUUCCAAAUCUCUCUCUUUCUCAUGGCGAUAGCUGCAGAGACUCAAGCGCAGGAGGAGGCUACUCCAGAAGCGGCGGCCGCAGAGAAAAGAAGAUGGACGCUGAAUGAUUUCGACAUAGGAAAGCCUCUUGGUCGAGGAAAGUUUGGUCACGUCUACUUAGCCCGAGAGAAGAGGAGCAAUCAAAUUGUGGCUCUAAAGGUGCUUUUUAAGAGCCAGUUACAACAAUCACAAGUUGAACACCAGCUUCGUCGGGAAGUUGAAAUUCAAAGUCAUCUCCGACAUCCUAAUAUAUUGCGCCUUUAUGGUUAUUUUUACGAUCAGAAACGAGUUUACUUGAUAUUAGAAUAUGCAGCAAAGGGUGAACUAUACAAAGAAUUGCAGAAGUCUAAAUAUUUUAGUGAAAGACGUGCUGCUACGUAUGUUGCAUCAUUAGCUCGGGCACUGAUUUAUUGCCAUGGCAAGCAUGUAAUUCACAGAGACAUCAAGCCUGAGAACCUUUUAGUUGGUGCACAGGGUGAGCUGAAGAUUGCAGAUUUUGGUUGGUCGGUGCAUACAUUUAAUCGUAGACGCACGAUGUGUGGAACAUUGGAUUACCUGCCCCCUGAGAUGGUGGAAAGCGUAGAGCAUGAUGCUAGUGUUGAUAUCUGGAGCCUGGGAGUUUUGUGUUAUGAGUUUUUGUAUGGGGUACCUCCUUUUGAGGCCAAGGAACACUCAGACACAUACAGAAGGAUUGUGCAAGUGGAUCUAAAGUUCCCUCCUAAACCUGCCGUUUCUUCUGCUGCCAAGGACCUAAUUAGUCAGAUGCUUGUCAAGGACUCUGCACAGCGCCUGCCUUUGCACAAGCUACUUGAGCAUCCUUGGAUCGUUCAGAAUGCUGAUCCCUCUGGCACAUAUAGGGGUUGACUUGCCUUAAUCAUGGGUGGAAGAUUUUAAGCGGAGACAUCACAAGAACUUUGUGGUUGGAAUGUGAAUAUUCAGGUGCUGCCAAGACCUGUGUCAUGGCAGCAGUAUGUAUGUACUAUGGUGUUGAAUGAUUGUUAAUGUAUGUUGAAUUAUUUUCGUCUAUCCAAUUACAAGCAAUGGCAUAUGCCCUUUUUUUUUUA